CUCAUCAUCUUAUCGAACGGCUUCUAGUCAUCACAAUGUCGUCUAACCCGAAUCCCAACGGAAAAACACCAAAUGGGACACACAAGAAACUUGACGCUGACGCUGCAUUAAUCAAAUCACUACAAGCUCUCAUCGAGAAGACCGGUGCAUCAGACGAGGACGCAGACGCUGAUCUCGAAGUUCUUCUCCAUCAGCUUAAUGCUGCCAACGAUGUCGCCGAUAGUGUCGAAGGUCGAAUCGACUCGAUACUCGAGAAUCUUGAUGAAGUGUUGCGUUCGUUCCCUUCGGAAAGUGGGCAAGCAGAGGCACAGAGUGGAGAGAGGCGUUCAGGGGCAGAGCAGCAAGGGAGUGGAGAGAAGGGAAACGAGUCUAAGUCGUGAUAUGUUAUAAUAAGGUCUACAAGGCAGCGUCAUCUCGCCCCCCGCUCACGCCGUGCGCCGGCACACUUGGACACCACGAUCGCUCGCUCGAACAGACGACUUCUACAUCAUUAUCAGUGGCGGCGACACCUUUGCUGGUCGUUGUGUUAGAUAGGGGACUUUCUCUUGACGUGGAGAUCCUUCUCUUAAGGACUGAUGUGCUGGUGCGACGAAUGAAGAAGGUGCCCAAACGUUCUGUCUAUCCCACAAGAUACUCUGGUCAUCUCUAUCCUGCUCACAUCCUCGUCACCAGUGUGAAGGUAUUUUAAUUGUUCAAUUAUGUUUUCAUGGGUCAGGCUAUGAGAUUCAUGCCACAGUGCUAGAUGGGCCUUCCAGAAUUAUAACGAGAAGAUCGAACCGUAGUAGAAGUUAUUCUGUCGUACGAGUUUACUUUGGUUGAGCUUACAGAUGCCAUAACA